ACAGGAAGCUGAGUUAUCAGCUGAUCCCGCUGCUGCUGCUGCUGCUGCUGCUGUUGUUGUUGAUGCCUGAAGUUGAAGCUGUUUUUCUGUUGUUCGGACACUGUGUUGCUCUUUGUCUCGCUCCUGACAUUGAACACACAUUAAACCCUUUUGGAAAAAAGGGCGGGAACAGUGGCGGGAACUGUGACGAGUUUUAUCCCGAGUUUACCGAGAGACGUCUUUGAAUUAGCACAGCAGCGGCAGGAGAGCUAGCUCCAGAAAAAAACAGCCUACGUGUUUGACGUGCUUUCUUUGUUUAUGUCGUGCCAAGUCUGACCCGCGGUAUUCCUCCUUCUUACUGACUCACACACGCGUUUAUAUUUAUAUUUAUUUACUUUGUCGGCAUUAACGCGGGGAGGGGAGGACAGCUAGCUCUGUCUGCUAACGUUAGCCCGUAGCGCAAAAAAGAAAAACCGUGUUGUUGUUGUUGUUGUUGUUGUUGUUGUUGUUGUUGUUGUUGUGACAGGUAACAGUGAGCUUCAGUCAGCUGGUUUGGUUUGUGUUAGACAUUCAGGAAGUUUGACUCUUGUCUGUUUGUGUGUUGUUGACUUUAAACCGAGUGAAUUCAGGGUUGUUGUUGUUGUUGUUUUUAUUUGUUUGUCUGAUUUAAAGCACAAACACCAGUGACAGGUUAACUUGUACGCUUUUUUUCAGAUUGGCUGACAGGUUGUCAUUUGUUUUGACUUGUUAAUUAAAAAAAAAACCUAUGUGUCUCUGUCACUUUUUAAAAUAUUAAUUCUUAGUGAUAUGUGGUACGCUGUGUAGAUAAAGCAGCUGUUUGACUCUCACGCUCAUGAUUUUUUAGAGAGAGAGAUAAAUAAUAAUAAUAAUAAAGAAGUUAUGAAUUGAAAAGUAGCCGUCUGAAACUAUUGACAGUGCUGUGAUCAGGCCACAGGAGAGUAAAGGGUCCCUCAGCGGGGUCCCAUUGUGUCUUGAAGGUGAGCUGCCCCACACUACUUGCCAAUGCUGGAUCUGGAGGUAGUGCCUGAGAGAUCACUAGGAAAUGAGCAAUGGGAAUUCGCCUUAGGGAUGCCAUUGGCCCAGGCCAUCUCUAUUCUGCAGAAACACUGCCGCAUCAUCAAAAAUGUCCAGGUGCUAUACAGUGAACAGACGCCACUGAGCCAUGACCUCAUACUGAACCUGACUCAGGAUGGGAUUAAACUGCUGUUUGAUGCCACAAAUCAGAGACUCAAGGUGAUUGAAGUGUAUGACCUGAGCAAAGUCAAAUUGAAAUACUGUGGAGUCCAUUUCAACUCUCAGGCCAUCGCCCCCACGAUAGAGCAAAUCGACCAGUCAUUCGGAGCUACGCACCCGGGAGUUUACAAUGCUGCAGAGCAGUUGUUCCAUCUCAACUUUCGAGGACUGUCCUUCUCCUUCCAACUGGACUCGUGGAACGAAGCUCCAAAAUACGAGAUUCCACAUGGGGCCAUGGUCAAGAGGAUGCACAUUUACACUGGCAACAACCUGCAAGAAACAAGAGCUCCGGUGAUGCCGUUGGCUUGUUUCCUUGGUAACAUCUAUGCAGAGUGCGUGGAUGUCCUGAGAGACCGGGCAGGACCGCUGGGGCUCAAACUCCGCCUUCUCACUGCAGGUUGUGGUCCAGGUGUGAUGGCUGACGCUAAAGUGAGGUCCCUCGAAAGAAGCAUCUAUUUUGGAGAUUCCUGUCAGGAUGUACUGGGUGCUCUGGGCUCGCCACAUAAAGUCUUUUACAAGUCCGAGGACAAGAUGAAGAUCCACUCUCCCUCGCCUCACAAGCAAGUUCCUUCUAAGUGUAACGACUACUUCUUCAACUACUUCACCCUCGGAGUGGAUAUCCUGUUUGACUCUACAAGUCACCUGGUUAAGAAGUUUGUCCUUCAUACCAACUUCCCCGGACAUUACAACUUCAAUAUAUAUCAUCGAUGUGACUUUAAGAUUCCACUAGUCAUUAAGAAAGAAGGAGCUGAUUCUCAGACGGAGGACUGCAUCUUAACCACCUACAGCAAGUGGGAUCAGAUUCAGGAACUGCUCGGUCACCCCAUGGAAAAACCUGUAGUGCUCCACAGGUCUUCGUCAGCCAACAACACUAACCCCUUCGGCUCUACCUUCUGCUUUGGACUGCAGAGGAUGAUCUUUGAGGUGAUGCAGAAUAACCACAUAGCAUCAGUGACCCUCUAUGGUGCUCCACGGACCACCAGUCAAGCCCGACCUGAGUCCAGUAGUAGUUCCCACUGAAACAAGUAACCAGAACCACAUCCUAUUCUGGCCUGACCUGAAUCUAGUACCUCUACUGACUGAACCUCUAACCCAGAGCCAGAUUCUUAACCAAGCAGACCUAACCCAGAACAAAGUUAUUCUUGCUCAGCUAAGAUGUUACUCAUUAAACAGAAACGCAAUAGCCAAAUCAACUUUUCCCGAACCUAUAACACCCCAGGAACCAGGAUCUGGUGACACGGCCGCAGUGCUGUAGCGAAUAAAACCAAUGAAAUGGUUGCUUGUGUGGGGAGAAUAGAGCUCAGCUGUUUCCUGUUUCCAUCCAGUGAUUCACCCAGGACCACAGAAGAAGAAGCUUGUCCAGAUGCCGUGGUUCCACCGUCAAGAUGGAGCAAACCCCAUAAUAUUGCGGUGGCGACAUGAUCAGCGUUUAAAUACCUUCUGCAAACAAGUUGUUCAUCAGACAGAGAGUUGUUGCCGCUAGAGAAAAGUGCUGUGGCCAAAGUCUUGCAACAAACUCUGGCUUGACCCACCGAAUACACAUCAACCAACCAACCAACCAACCACACUGCCAGCCCCAACCGGUACCGCCUGUCUUCCUGCUGCCACGUCAGAAGCAGACUGGCUCAAACCAAACCCGGACACAUCUAAACCAGCCCAGCCCAGCCCAAACCCGAGAACCGUCGGAGCCAAACACACUUUGGAAGCUGCAGAGGAUCGCAACCAAAAAAAAAAAAAAACGGUAAAGAGAAGAACCAAACACACUCAGGGUUUGGAGGAGACAUGUUGGCCCACAGAACACACCCC